CCCACAGGGCUGAUGUUCGGUGUUUCGCCCGACGCUGACAGCAACCAGGAAACUUUGAGCUGUCAAAAAAAAGCAGUACAGCUCUGGAUAGACUAUACAUAUAGGAAUUAGCCCUGGAUAAAAUAUAAAGUUAAGGUAGCGAGAACACGCGGUGCCAUUACUAUAAAAUACUACAGCAUGUCAGGAGAGGCGAAAUUCGUGAGUCCCUUCCCCAGACCCCGGUGUCUGUCUGCAGCUGCGCCCGCUGGAAAAGCAAAACUAACUCACCCGGGUAAAGCCAUUUUAGCAGGUGGAAUCGCAGGAGGGAUUGAAAUCUGCAUCACAUUCCCGACAGAGUAUGUGAAGACCCAGUUGCAGUUAGACGAGAAGGCGAACCCACCACGUUACAGAGGAAUCGUUGAUUGCGUGAGGCAGACAGUGCAGGGUCAUGGGGUGAAAGGUCUGUACAGGGGCCUCAGCUCGCUACUCUACGGCUCCAUCCCCAAAGCCGCUGUAAGGUUCGGUAUGUUUGAGUUCCUCAGUAACAAGAUGAGGGACGAGUCUGGGAAGCUGGACAGCACCCGAGGCCUGAUCUGCGGUCUGGGCGCUGGAGUAGCCGAGGCCAUAGUUGUAGUGUGUCCUAUGGAGACGAUAAAGGUUAAAUUUAUUCAUGAUCAGACCUCAGCGAACCCCAAGUACCGUGGCUUUUUCCAUGGCGUGAGGGAAAUAGUCAGAACACAAGGACUUGGUGGAACAUAUCAGGGAUUGACAGCAACAAUAUUGAAGCAAGGAUCAAACCAGGCUAUUCGCUUCUUCGUUAUGACCUCCUUGAGAAACUGGUACAAAGGUGACAACCCUAACAAACCCAUAAACCCUCUGGUGACCGGUGUUUUUGGAGCCACAGCCGGGGCUGCCAGUGUGUUUGGAAACACGCCUCUUGAUGUAAUUAAGACUCGAAUGCAGGGCCUGGAGGCGCACAAAUAUAAGAACACUGUGGACUGUGCCUUGAAGAUUAUGAAACAUGAAGGACCAGCAGCGUUUUACAAAGGUACUAUUCCGAGACUUGGGCGUGUGUGCUUGGACGUGGCUAUCGUGUUCGUGAUCUAUGAAGAGGUGGUGAAGGCUCUUAACAUGGUGUGGAAGACAGAUUAAUGCUGAGAGUGCAGCAAAAAAGGCAGCUCAUGGAACACGACCAGACCUUCACAUCAUCACAGUGUCAUGGGGAAAGUGAGACACAAUGUCACUAGGGCAAAGCAACGUGAACGUGUUUAAGUUCUCUUAUGUAAUUAAGACCAAGAUAAAAAAAAGUUUCCCCCAAAAAUGUGAUGUAUAAAAAUACUUGAACAAUUAGUCGAAGAGGAAAAAACAAACAUUUAUUACUCCAUGGUAAGGGUUCAGUAAUGGAGUCUUUGAAAAGCCAAAUGUUUAUAAUGUCGCGGUAUAAAACUUUUAACAUAAUUUUUUUUAGUGUCAUUUGUUUAUAGUAUUUCAGCCGUAUUUUAUUUUACAUUUCUAACUGACAACUGAAAAUGAUCAUGAAUCUGAUUACUUUGCCAUAGUGUUUAUUUUCUGAUCGGUUGGUGUUAUCUCAUGUAAAGACACUAAAUGUAUAUGCAGUGGCGGGGAUAAAAAAAAAAAAAAUUAUUAAUUGCACAGGAGUGCAGCAUGUGUUACAGCCUUGAAAAAAGUUUGUUAAGGAGGUUUAAUCUAAAAAUGACAAAAAUAAUAAUUAUUAUUAUAACAACAACAAAAUGAGUAAUAAUUAAUGAAAGUUAAUAAUAAUGCAAUAUAAUAAUGCUAAUGCGUUUACUUCAUAAUUAGCAUUGUAAAAGUGUAAUUACACUUAAAACUUAUUCAUGCAACGAAGACAACAACAAUAAUAAUAAUAAUAUCUGAUCCAAUUUGAGCACUAUAAGCUAGAAUGAGUUUUCUGUGGAGUUAUACUGUAGUCUGAGUGAUUUUUUUUUUUUUUUUUUUGAUCAGGUUAAGAUAAUAUGAUUUGAUUCCUAAAGUGUUUGCUCUAAUAUUUCUUAUUUAUUAUUUAUCUCCAAGUACUGACAAGUUCUUGGCGCCAAAGACGCACAGAACAUUGAACCCUCCUGAGACACCACCAAAGCCUUUACCUCCCAGAAACACACAUUCCUCAGUAUCUCCAGUAAAUACUUGCACUUUCAAAACCUUAAUGGAUUUGGAACUAAUUUAAGAGAAUUAAUGAAUUUACUUUAAGUGCCUGACCAGUAUUUACUAGUGCUCAUGAUCAGUAUGUAGCAUUUCUCAUAAACUUUUGACAGGAACAAUGAUGCCAAGUUUUCUUUCUUUUUUAAUUUUUUUAAUUUGACAUUUUUGUUUUGUUGAUACCCUGAACAACAAUCUAAAUGCAACCUAGGGGACUAUUAGUGGUGCUGUUAGCUAGUGUGGGGUCAUGUUCUGUCAAUGUUAGAUUUGUGUGUGCUACAGAAUGUUUUCAUUUUGUAAUAUUAUUAAUGCUAAAAAUGAUAAAAAGUGAUAUGAUGUGAUAAAGCUGUCCCAAAAUGGUUGGUUUGAAAAGCUGGAUCUGAAAUUGCCUUAAAUUGUUCCUUUUUGAGUGCCAUCGUCAGAUUUAUCACUUUUCCUACCUCAGGAAAUUCCCCCAAAAUCCACAGUGUCAAGAGGGAAACAUUAGGUGUAAAGAAACUGUCUCUGUCUCGGUGUCUCCCUUAUUUACAUUGCAUAUGUAAUACACUAUAUACACAUGAUAUGGAUUGAAAUAUCUUUGGCAAAUGUAAUGAAAUGCCAUUUUUGUGUCAUGAUGCAAAAGCAAGUGCAGAAAUGUAGAUUUUUGUUGUGUGUGAUAUGGGAGCAUAACACUGUGUUUAGUCUGUACGUAAGAAGAAUAUUUGUGCCUAAUUAAGAUAUGGAUGUCUUCUGUAUUAAAAUGUUUAUACCUUAAAAAAUUGAUGUUGUAUUGAGUGUUAGUGUUUUAUUGUGGUCACUAACUGCUAUUGCUAUUGUACAUCUGGUUCUGUGUGUAUAACUGUAAUGUUUCUGUUCAUGACCCAUCUUUACUUCACCGUUUAGAAGACCAUAUAGUUGGAGUGAUACCAGAUGUCAUGAAUAAUUGUAUCUGAUUAAUUGUGAAAAAGGAAAUACUGAUGGAUAUUACUAGAUCAUAUGUAAUGCUCAUCCAAGACUGAAAACAUUUACACCUUUCUAUUAUAUCGACAAAUUUAUUUUUAAUUCAUCUUACAGUGCCUUUAAAUUAUGUUCUUAAUUUUCAAUAAAUCUUGGUGACUGGA